AUGGAAAUUCCACAUACAAACCAAAUUAUCCAUGUUUAUUCACCAUGGACCUAUGUGAUUGCUUUUGGAUCAUGUCUACUAUAUUUACUGGCCAUUACCCUUAUUUUUCCAUUGUUUACAUCGAAAUUAACAUCUAAUUUUGUUCAAUCUUUCGCCAAGCUUCAUCAUGUACUCUUAUUUAUCUAUUCGUUAUUUGCAUCCCUUGCUGUUUUAACUCACCUAAUUCAAUCCGGAGAAACAACGAAUGGAUAUAAUUUCCUUUGCGUUCCAAUACCAUCUUGGCUUCGAAUUGUCACAUUAACAUUUACCUUAUCGAAGAUUUGGGAAUGGUUCGAUACAGCCAUCCUGAUUUGGAAAGGACAUUCAUUGAAAAAAAUCGGUUUUCUCCAUAUCUAUCAUCAUGCCACAACAGUUUUGCUAUUCUUAAUUUGCAUGAACUUUCCCGGAGGAGAAAAAGGUAGUGUAUUUUUCAAUGGUCUUGUUCAUACAUUAAUGUAUUAUCAUUUUGCCUUUCGUUUACCGAAAUUCUUUCGUCCUGUACUGACAGCGAUUCAGAUUGUACAACUUAUUUCAGCUACCUAUGUUUGGUACAUUGUGCCUAAUGUGUGUCCUAAGUACCGUGAUUUUCCUGCUAAACAUCCACUAGAAUUCAUUAUUCCAUUUGCUCUUGUACCCGUGUAUUGUUUAUUCUUUUUUAAGUUUUUUAUUCAACAUUAUCUAUUGUCAUCGUCCCGAAAAUUCAAGUCUUCUAUAAAUAAAACAGAAUGA